AUGCGUCCAUCAGUUGUUAGCAUGGGUAAACACUUCGGUAACCUAGGAAAGGUUUACGGAGAGUACAGAUUCGCUCUCGCCCCAAAUGAGCAGAAAGCAUUCAAGGGUUUCCUCGACCAAGCUUUCGUCAAGGUUUUCAAGAGCUACGUUUGGGACCAAUGGUAUUACUAUCUUCCACAAGCUGUUGGAGCUUACCUCAUCUACGACUGGGCUAAGAAGACCAAUUACCAAGCCAACCGCAAGAACCCUGCUGAUUUCGCCAACGAUCAGUAA